CUUCCAACAGAUGACGUGAAAUGACAUUUUAUUGAAGGAUAGGAUAAUAUUGUUCGAAUCUAAUGAGGUUAAUGUCACGAUGACAGAGGAAAAUAGCUAAGCCACUUUAAAUAUAAUGGACAAGAAUAAUAAAGAAGAUAAAAACAUGGUGAAAGUUUUAGCAGAACGACUCCAACCAGGACUGAACGAGAAUGAAAGACAACUUUUGUCAGCAUCAGAACUUGGAGAUGAAGAAAUUGUGAAACAGUUGAUAGACCGCAGUGAAGCAAGUGCUGAGGUGUUAGAUUUUCAGGGGAGAAGUGCCUUAGAUCUAGCUAUUAUUGCUGAGGACGAAGGCCUUACUUCGUAUCUGAUUACAAAAGUUUCGGAUAAGUUAAUUCAUCAAGGACUGCUUUGUGCAGUUGAACAACAGAGGACACAAAUUUGCGAAUUGUUGUUGAAAAAUUCAUUGUACGAUUUAACAUCGACCAAUCGACAGGCGAGUGAACAGUUAAACUUAGUCUCCAUCACAGAAGACGGCGCGACGAAAAACAUGCGCCAAAAAAGCACUAAAUCAAAAGUACGAAUGAUGUUAAAGGAGGCACUGAUGCGAGCGUCGAUUAAAAACAAUUUCCAAAUCGUGCAGAUUAUAAUGUUAAAAGGAAUCUGCUUAGAAAUUCCCCAUGACUACUUUUGUUCGUGCAAGCAUUGUAUUGGUGACAGACAUAAUGAUUACUUGGGAUUCUGUAACCGUCGAUUAGAUACAUUUAGAGCUUUAGCAAGUCCUGCGUAUAUAAGUCUUACAGAGGAAGAUCCUGUUCUUGCCUGUUUUCAGUUAAGUAAAAAGUUCCGACACCAAAAGCAAAUUGAAACUGAAUAUCAGCAAAUCUACGACGAACUUGGUAAUCAAUGUGAACAGUUCACUCUAGACUUACUAGACGAAUGCAGAUCAUCGGAAGAGGUGAAAGUUUUGCUAUCUUCUCCGGUAAAGAGUAAAAUAGAAGCGAAGACCGAGAUACCUUACAUCAGCGAGGCCUUUCCUUUGCUUUUGACAGCAAUGCAAAUGGAACAAAAACAGUUUGUAGCACACGAGAAGUGUCAAGCACAAGUUUCUGAGAUAUGGUUCAAAGGUUUACAGGCAAUGAGGUAUCUGAAUAGAUUCCAGUAUUUAUUGCUGUCCAUCCCGGUUGGUAUGGUAAUACUGCCUAUUUUAUCAGUCGUGUAUAUAGUUGCACCAUGGAGUAAAGUAACAGUUCUGUUAAAUACUCCAUCGACAAGAUUCCUAAGCUAUACAUGUUCAUAUUUGUCUUUUCUCUUCCUGACCGUGGUCGCCAAAUUACAUUAUAGCGACAUGUGGAUUUCAUUAGCAUGCGAUGAUACACCAACCUCUGCCUAUAUUCUUAUAGUGCUGAUAUUUGCUUGGAUUCUAGGUUGGAUCUGGGAAGAAAUGAAACAAGUAUGGUCCUCUGGAAUAGAAGAUUAUGCCGGAUCAGUUUGGAAUAUUAUAGAUUCGUUAAUGCUAAUGUUCCUUCUAGCGUCCUUCACCUUAGACAUAGUUGUGCCAAUCAAAGUUGCGGAUGCGUUUACUACAAACCCACUUUCUCUGAAUGUAACAGGAGAACAAGUUAACCUGUCUACUCUCCUCCAUUGCUACGUAACGUCUGAAGUUGAUGAAGCUGAUGUAUGUCCAUCUGUUUCAUACUCCGUAGGAGUAUCUUGGGAACCAUCAUGGAUACCAGAUCCCGAGCUAAUCUCUGAUAUACUGUUCUCCUUUGGAAUAAUACUGAGUAUAUCGAGAAUUUCCUUUAUCAUGCCUGCCAAUGAAACAUUCGGAACCAUUUUAGUAUCAUUUUACCGAACAUUCACAGACCUAAUGAAAUUAUGCGGCAUGUUCUUGCUGAUACUUUUGGCGUUUUCUUGUGGCUUAGCAGGGUUAUAUGCUGCUCAUCGCUGUCAGACUACCACAUUUAAGGGUUUCAGGGCGACUUUAUUUAUGUUGGUAUGGUCUCUGUUCGGAUUUGGACCAGGAGAAGCACCGGAGCUGAACACGGAUGCACCAAUGAGUUCUUUGACGAACAAUCCUGCGAGGAACGUCUACACAGAAAAUCUCGGAUACUUGCUGUACGGGACAUAUGUCUUUGCUGCUCUGAUUGUCCUAAUGAACCUGUUGAUUGCUGUAAUGUCAGUUACAUUUGAGGAAGUACAGGAUAAAAGAGAUGUGGAAUGGAAAUUUAUGAGAACAGAGCUUUGGCUUUCAUUUAUAGAACCCGGAUGUCCAGUGGCUCCACCUUUCAAUAUUAUCCCAACUCCAAAAAGCAUUAUGAAAGUAGUUAGUUGUAUGAAGAAUUGUAUUUGCAAAUCUGGAUGUAAAUCUGAGCUUAAAAGAACCAGUAUGUUCAAAAAGAAAACAGAUGAUCCAUGCAAUGUUCGGAAGGUUGUGAUUUGUUCGUUGGUGAGGAGAUAUAUACUGCACGCAGAGCGAGAAAAGGUCGAAGAAGACGAUGACGCAACGGAAGACAAAUUAAGACGAUUAAUAGAGCUUGUUGCAUCAAAAAUUGAAAGUCGACUUGACGACAUUGAAAACCGAUUAAAUACAGUUGAUAACAGAAUCAGUGAUGUGUAUAAAGGAUCCAAUGAAAUCUUCUCCUUACAAAAAACUGAUAUGGGUCUUACAGAAAAGUUAAUUGAUGCGCAGGAGAAUUACAAAAAGUUAAUGCAUAAGAACUGGGAAGAGAAUACAAUGUUUUAUGAACGAAAACUUGAAGAAAUUAACGAGAUGAAAGACGAAAAGCUUCGAUUGGUAGCUCUAGGGAAAAUGACAGAGGCAGAAAGAAUAAAUGAUGAAAUGUUAGCCAAGCUAAUGACAGAAUUUGUACCAAAAACUACACUCAAAUGAUACAGGAAGGAUGUUAAUGUGAUAUAUACCAUAAUUGACUUUUUACGGUUGUUGUAGCAAUAAAUUUUGAUGAAGUAUCGAUUUAGCUACAAAGAUUGGUAACAAUAUGACAGUUAUAGUUUUAGAUAAGUUUAAGACGUGCACAAGGAAGUUGUAUGAGUCAAUUUGAAGAUCAAGCACAAUGCUGAUACAAUAUUCAUAUUGUUAUUGUUUUUUUUUAAAUAAAGAUAGAUAAAAAUCUCUAA